GUACAAACCAAGUUUCAGAUUAAGUCGAUCUUUCAGAAGACUCAAAGUGUGACUAUUCCAAUAUUUCCUCGUCUGUUUUACAAGCUGACACACGAUGACACAGGCUACCAUAUAACCAGACCUAGGCUAGGUUAGCAUGCAGACAUGUGUGCAUCAUCUUGUGAAAAGGAUCUUUAUGCAGUGUUAGGAGCCAAUCCAUCAGAGUCCACAGAGGAGUUAAGACAUCGCUAUCAGCAAUUGGUCCUGAAGUGUCAUCCCGAUCGUCUCAGUGGACAUAGUUCAUCUGAGGCAGAGAUGGGUUUGAAGAGGUUUCUUGAAGUUGAUGCUGCCUGGAAAAUUUUGAGCGAUGAAAAUAAGAGAAGAGAUUAUGAUCUGCUAAGAAGAGCUCAUGACCUAAAGCAGGACUGGCCUGUGGAUUCAACUGUUUUCUUGGAGGACAUGAUAUGGAAUAAUGAUGAGCGCUUAUACACACAUUGCUGUCGCUGUGGAGGGGCUUUUAUCAUUGACGAAGAGGAGGUUCAGGAGGAGACUCUGAGAUCAUCAUCACAAGAAGAAGAGCAGACGACCAGAGGACAGAGCAAAGGAGUGAUUGUGUGCUGUGAUACAUGCUCUUUAAGUGUUUAUGUCACAUGGACAAAUCUACCUCAGAGCUGACAGGACCUUUUCUACACUAAUUUCAGUGUUUUAAAGUUAUGGUUUAUAACUUAUAUUUUCUUAACAAUAUUUAAAAAGUUUACAUGUGUUGAAGGGAGUAAUGCACAAUCCGUUUGGCAAAUGAACCUUUACUGCCAAUGACCGACAGUAAUUUUCUUCUAUAAUAAUAAAUGGAACUUCAUCCAAAGUUGUUUAUAUAUUUUCAUGUAUAAUUAAGUAUAAUGAUAUAAGUAAAGAUUUUUUAUGAAUGAAAACAGUACACAAAGUUUUUUUUUUUUUUUUUUUUUUAUGUAUUUGUCAGAAAAAUGGGAUGACAACAUUAAAAACCCAAUUUCA